ACUCGAUAAUCCAACUCAAUAUUUCCCUCUUCGUUGUCUCCAAAACACACCAAAAAAAUACUCAAUCCAUUUUUAUUUUCGAUGUCUUGUUAAGAUUGAUACGGAGUUACCAUCGCAUUUUUUUUUACUGCAUCAUACUGGAUUAAGUGACACGUGUUCAGGCUACUAUCAUGACUAAAUUGUGGAAAGGUAAAGAUAUAAUCGGUCUUGAGGAGGUCUCAAGGAUCGACUUCCUGGUGCCACUGUUCGGUGAAGCUCUGGGGACAUUUCUUCUAGUUCUCAUCGGAUGCGCGUCAUGUGUUACAUGGAAUCCGGAUUAUCCUCCGAUGGUGUUGCACAUCGCCUUCACCUUUGGUCUCGCGGUCGCUGCUCUCGCCCAGGUGCUGGGACCCGUCUCGGGCUGUCAUGUCAAUCCCGCUGUCACUAUUGGUCUUCUAGCCAGUGGUAAUUGCAGUAUUCUCAAAGCAUUGUGUUAUGUUGUAUGCCAGUGCUGUGGGGCAAUUGCUGGAGCUGCUGUUUUGAAGGUGGUGAUUCCGCCGGCGGCUCAAACCCAUGGUCUGGGAGCAACAAUCCUAGGUGCAAACGUCGAUGGAGGACAGGGUGUCCUGAUGGAGGCGAUAGUAACGUUUCUACUGGUGCUCGUUGUCCACGCAGUAACGGACCCCAAAAGACCGGACACCAGGGGCUGGGCCCCCCUGGCAAUUGGCCUGACAAUAUCCGUGGCUCAUAUGGCGGCAGUCCCUAUCACUGGGAGCAGCAUGAAUCCAGCCAGAACCCUCGGUCCAGCUGUGAUCCUUACGGAAUGGAACAAUCACUGGAUCUACUGGGUUGGUCCAGUCCUCGGUGGUGUCGUUGCAGGUGGUCUUUACAAAACAGGACUUCGAGUCAAGUCCAAGGAGGACGACGAGGCUUCCUAUGACUUCUAAAUCCUCUUCUCCGAGCAAAACUGUAUUUGAAAGCGGGCUUUCGAUAAAUACACCAAUUAGCUUUAUCUCAUCGUCAUUUUAAUUAUGUAAAAAUUGCAAUUGUCUAUUUGUUCUUGCAGCAAUAAUCGUGACCUUUCGUUGAAGAAAAUUCACUAGGAAAUUGAACGUGGAUAUUCAUAACAUAACAAAAAAGACAGUGGAAAAAUAAUUUUCAAUCAAUUUAUGAAGAGAUCUCCCGUUUCUCAUCGAUAUCUUUCCUUGGGACGUUUUUAAUUGAAUUUCAUAAUAACUAAUGACGUUUUCGUUUGAAUGUUUCAUCUGCAGCGAUAGAAUUUCCUUCUGAAUUAUUUCAUACGUGUCUCCUUGCUUUAAGAUUCAAAGAACAAUGAAGAGAAUUGAAAAAUGGUAAUUGUAUGAUAUUUCGGUAAGACAUGCGCACAUCGGUAAACAAGUGCAAACUUUUCUCCUUAUUUCUAUUAAGAUAACGAUUCUACUCGUGCUUAUUAAGUAUUAAUGUCAAUUAAGGUUUUGUAUAUAUUGUACUUACGAUUCUAGUAUUAUAACACGUACCUCUGUAAUUGCACCCAGUUUUUUAUGUACAACAGUUCGAAACAUAAGAUUAUUAAAAUGCAGAUUAUGCAAAA